GCACCCUACCACAACUGCACUCAUCAGCAUCAUUAUUUACCAGCUGGCCUGGAGUCUCUGAUACCAUUGUUUCCUCUCCCAGUCGGGUUUGCGCAUCUGUACCUCAACCGGAACGACAAGGUGCUCUGCUGGCAGACAGCCUUGUAACGUCAGCGGGUCCGAUCGUCGCUAAACACGCAGCACUCCUUCAUUUUGUUGUAUGGUCUGGAGGAAACUGCAAAAUGGCACCAACAACGCUCAUGACUUUCCUAGUCCGUGUUCCUCCUUCGACGAGGUCAGUGAGCCUUUAUGGUUCCUGGGACAACUUCUCCACCGCCUACCCCAUGCAACGCGAUACCCGCACGGGCCCCGAGCACUGGUCAGGCUGUCAUAGCUUUUCCAACAUUAUCUGUGAUGGCGACAAUCAACCGAUCGGCGUCCCAAGGGAAGGUGGUCUCAAGAUGGGUGGCACUUACUGGUACUAUUACAAGCUCGACGACGACCUCGAAUUCCACAACUCCGCAGAACCUUCAACAACAGCUUGCCCACUCCUCCCGGGCCAACUCGUCAACGUCUUAAAUGUUCCUUUUGCACUGAGCAGCAGCCGCUCUCGAAACGAUAGCGUUAGCUCGACCAAUUCUGAGUUUUGCACCAUGGAUCCUGCCGAUAAAUUUUUGAAUCCUCGGCCCGUACCAGCCAAGCCAUCACUGCCACGACUGAAGACAUCACCUACCUUACCACAAGGGUCUUGGUCGUCGAGCAGCUCUCCAGUAAGCGCUGACCCCAGAAGAGGCCGGUCGGCAACGUCUCGAGGUCCAUCUCAGUCCAGUAGUGCGACAAGGAUCAUACAAUUGGCAAAGAAACCGUCUCUGGAAGCCCCCAGCAGAUCGCUCUCACGCAGUAGUAACAGAUCUGCCGCAAUCAUUGGUGCCCUCCGGGCUCUCAAGUCGCCACGCUUUCCCAGUCCCGAUGGCACCACGAGUAGAGGUCGUUCGGCAACGAUGCCAAGUCCAACAGCGGAUGCUGUGGACAGAGUUGGGAAGGACUCAACGUCUGUAAAAGGCCUGGGUGUGCUUGCUGAGGUCAAGGCUCUUUCCUCAUCUGGUUCCGAUGGGGAGUUACUUCUGCGUCAAGAAUUUGGUACCGAGGUGGAGGGACUCAUUCCUGUAGCGAUGCCAUCUUUCGCUCAGCACCGUAGGCAGCGGUCUUCGUCGCGAGAACCAUCCUCGUUACGCAAUCCUCUCUCACGCGGCACAACACCAACACGAAAACCAACGGAUCAAGCCUGCACAUCAUUUCAGGCGUUGGAGACACUUGAAGAAGUGGCCACCCCACUGAAGACACCCGGUCACCCCCUGACCGCCGUGAAAGCUGAGACAAUCAGAUUGGUCGACGAUCACCAGAUACAACUGGAUCUGGAGAAACGCUUGCCGACUUUACCCAACACGCCAUCUUCAGCGUACCCACCAAGUUGUGUGGGUGACUCUCCAUCUCUCCAACUUGGUGCCGACAUUGAGCAUCUACAAAGUCAUUUUUCAAGCACAACCAUUGAGACAGGGUCUCGUGUGGACAGCUACGCCAAAAUUGAGCAUAGUCACUUUUCAGACUGGACGUGCAGCACCACCAGAAUAUCGGCACUGUCCGAAAAUGCUUCAAGCAUCAUUGACCUGGAGCCGAUGAGUCCGCCAGCGGAUGAAGGGUUCGACUUUACGAACAUCCCAGCUAUUGGUUUGGUUGAUCAUGGCGCCCAUCAGGGCGUCAUGAAAGCUGGAGGAUAUCCAAAGCCAAAGCCGGAUGGCUUACCUUCUGCAUCGAGCCUGUCAACGAUCAGCUCAGUUGCCUCUUCAGCCACAGCCAGCUCCUAUCCUGAUCUGGAUGGCCCAAUGGAGAAGGGCUCGACUUGGGGCAAAUUCCAACAUUAUCGCCUGCCAUCAGAAGAUGUUGGUUCUGGUGUGACGCUCAAGGCACUAGACACAGCAAACAUUGCUAAACCGCUUGUCGUGGACGGCCAUCAUCGUGCGACACAUUUGCAGAAUCCAGGCUGUGGGUUUGUUGAGCCCACAAUCCCUCAUUCAACGACCAUGCAGCAGCUUCUUGACGAAUUGAGCUAUCUCGGCGGCAUGAUCCAACAACAUUAAUAUCGUAUGCGGCGACGUACUUCUGAGCAAUACUAGCGACUUUACG